AUGUUUAAAGGAUCUGUGUCACUGUAUAUACUUUGUUUUGCUUUAGGGUUACGAAACACAUUUUUAAUAUAUAAUGUAUGUAAUAAUAUUAAAAACAACUGUAUGGAUAAUACUUCUGGACCAAUCGGUGAUACCAUCUUCCUUAUUUAUGGUAUUAUUAUCAUUAUUGGACCCCGCCGGUGCUUUUUUUUUUACCUUAAAAGAGUGGUUCUCCUCCAAGGGACGCACGAGUGGUGUACCCAGGGGUUGUUUCCAUGGCUAAAGAAAUUGGAGAUUACAAACGUACAUUGUCAUUUAAGAAGGUUCAUAAUCUGCCAAUUACAUUUGAUAUAA